CCCAGCUUCCCCUCCGCCAUCCCUCCGCCAAACGGGGUCCCUUCUCCUUCCCUUUCUUCCUGGCGAACGUAUGAGCAAGCAAGCCGGAAUUCAAAAAUUUCGCAACUCAGAAGGCAAAGGUAAGGUUAGAAGAACGUAGACCUUGUUAGGAAUUAUCAGAAUACAACUCUUCAGAUAGAUUCCUGCUGUAGGAUUUGCCAGGAGGUCGAAGGAGAGGCAUUCUUCUUCAGCUUCUGGGGUUCACUUCACUAGAGUAAACAGCUGCCAGGGAGAAGAUGGUGAGGCUCACCGCCGACUUGAUUUGGAAGAGCCCUCAUUUUUUCAACGCCAUCAAAGAGCGUGAAUUGGAUCUUCGAGGUAACAAGAUCCCUGUCAUUGAGAAUUUGGGUGCUACCGAGGUAAUUUUCUUUUUCUCCAACUCCUUGCUGCUCGUUUCUUUUUAUACAGGAUACGUAAAGGAGUUCUUGCCGAAACUGCAUUCAUUAGUUCUGACAAACAACAGACUUGUCAAUUUGGUGGAGAUCGAUCCUCUCGCCUCUCUUCCAAAACUGCAGUUCCUCAGUCUUCUAGACAACAACAUCACAAAAAGGCCCAAUUAUAGGCUGUAUGUAAUUUUCAAACUAAAAUCCCUUCGAGUUCUUGAUUUCAAGAAAGUGAAAGCAAAGGAGAGAGCAGAGGCAGAGAUCUUAUUUGCAUCUAAGGAAGUAGAAGAGGAAGCUAAAAAAGAAGUUGUUAAGCCUUUCACCCCUGCUGAGGCUCCUAUUGAUGUGGAUGUUGCAGGGGAACAACAGAAUGCAAAGGUGGUAGGACCCACACCGGAACAAAUCAUAGCUAUUAAGGCUGCCAUUGUGAAUUCUCAAACUCUUGAAGAAGUUGCAAGACUAGAGAAGGCAUUGAGCACGGGGCAGCUUCCAGCGGAUUUGAAACUUUUCGAUGAAGUGCCCCAGUCAGACACUAGUGCAGGAGAAAAAGACGAGGAAAUGACCACUGAUGAGAUCCCUACUGGACCUACAGAUAUGGAUCAGGACAAGAGAGUGAAGAGCGUCGGCGACGAGUUGCGAGAGGAUGACGGCUUUCGAUCUCCCUCCUUCCAGCUUUAUCUCUCUCACCGACGGUGCUCCUCUGCUCUCACUACGUGCCUCUGUCUCUCUAUUAAGGUCAAUCCAUCACCGACUUUCCAUUCGGAGAAAAAGACCGAAUUAAAACUUCGCAUCGCCGCUCCUCGAAUCGCUAGAGAUGAGAAG